AUGGCUGCAAUGGUUGGAUUGGAGGAUCGUGGCUGUCCGGCGGCAGGGAGAGGCCUACCUCGCUGGGAGCUAGCUGGUCGGUCAGGUCCGGCGGCAGGGAGAGGCCUACCUCGCUGGGAGCUAGCUGGUCGGUCAGGUCCGGCGGCAGGGAGAGGCCUACCUCGCUGGGAGCUAGCUGGUCGGUCAGGUCCGGCGGCAGGGAGAGGCCUACCUCGCUGGGAGCUAGCUGGUCGGUCAGGUCCGGCGGCAGGGAGAGGCCUACCUCGCUGGGAGCUAGCUGGUCGGUCAGGUCCGGCGGCAGGGAGAGGCCUACCUCGCUGGGAGCUAGCUGGUCGGUCAGGUCCGGCGGCAGGGAGAGGCCUACCUCGCUGGGAGCUAGCUGGUCGGUCAGGUCCGGCGGCAGGGAGAGGCCUACCUCGCUGGGAGCUAGCUGGUCGGUCAGGUCCGGCGGCAGGGAGAGGCCUACCUCGCUGGGAGCUAGCUGGUCGGUCAGGUCCGGCGGCAGGGAGAGGCCUACCUCGCUGGGAGCUAGCUGGUCGGUCAGGUCCGGCGGCAGGGAGAGGCCUACCUCGCUGGGAGCUAGCUGGUCGGUCAGGUCCGGCGGCAGGGAGAGGCCUACCUCGCUGGGAGCUAGCUGGUCGGUCAGGUCCGGCGGCAGGGAGAGGCCUACCUCGCUGGGAGCUAGCUGGUCGGUCAGGUCCGGCGGCAGGGAGAGGCCUACCUCGCUGGGAGCUAGCUGGUCGGUCAGGUCCGGCGGCAGGGAGAGGCCUACCUCGCUGGGAGCUAGCUGGUCGGUCAGGUUCGGCGGCAGGGAGAGGCCUACCUCGCUGGGAGCUAGCUGGUCGGUCAGGUCCGGCGGCAGGGAGAGGCCUACCUCGCUGGGAGCUAGCUGGUCGGUCAGGUCGGGCGGCAGGGAGAGGCCUACCUCGCUGGGAGCUAGCUGGUCGGUCAGGUCCGGCGGCAGGGAGAGGCCUACCUCGCUGGGAGCUAGCUGGUCGGUCAGGUCCGGCGGCAGGGAGAGGCCUACCUCGCUGGGAGCUAGCUGGUCGGUCAGGUUCGGCGGCAGGGAGAGGCCUACCUCGCUGGGAGCUAGCUGGUCGGUCAGGUCCGGCGGCAGGGAGAGGCCUACCUCGCUGGGAGCUAGCUGGUCGGUCAGGUUCGGCGGCAGGGAGAGGCCUACCUCGCUGGGAGCUAGCUGGUCGGUCAGGUCCGGCGGCAGGGAGAGGCCUACCUCGCUGGGAGCUAGCUGGUCGGUCAGGUUCGGCGGCAGGGAGAGGCCUACCUCGCUGGGAGCUAGCUGGUCGGUCAGGUAUAUUUUGA